UACUGCGGCGCCGACCCGACCGCGAAAUCCCUGCACGUGGGAAACCUGGUUCCGUUGCUCGCGAUGCUGCAUUUCGGCAUCCGCGGGCACGACAUGAUCGGUCUCGUGGGCGGCGCGACGGUCGAGGUCGGCGACCCGUCCGGGCGCGCGACCGAGCGGACAAAGAUGGAGGACGGCGUCCGGCUGAGUAACGAGGAGAAGAUCUCGCUGCAGAUGAAGAAGAUUCUCGAGAACGCGAUCGCGUACGCGAAGCGCAGGGGGUUCACGAAUAUCGGGAAGCUGACGAUGGCGAAUAACGCCGACUGGUGGAAGCAGAUCUCGUUCCUGGGGUUCAUGGACACAGUCGGUCGGCACCUUCGCGUGCAGGAGAUGCUGAAGCGGCAGUCGGUGCAGAGCAGGAUCGAGUCCGAGGCGGGGAUAGGAUAUAACGAGUUUACGUACCAGGCAAUGCAGGCCUACGACUUCUUCCACCUCCACCACACCCUCGGCUGCCGCGUGCAAGUCGGCGGGAGCGACCAGUACGGCAACAUCAUCUCGGGCGUGGACCUGACCGCCCGGCUCCAGCACGCAAAGGGUCUCCCGAAACUAGCGACGUACGGCGUGACCACGCCGCUGCUGACGACCACCACGGGCGAGAAACUGGGCAAGUCGGCCGGGAACGCGGUGUGGCUUGAUCCCGAGCUGACGAGCCCGUUCGCGCUGUACCAGUACUUUGUCCGGAUCCCAGACGCAGACGUGGAGAAGUACUUGAAAAUCCUGACGUUGAUGCCGUUAGCUGAGAUCGCGGCCGUCGUCGAAGCCCACGCCAAGGACGAGUCGCUGCGAGUAGGACAGCACGCGCUCGCAAAGGAAGUCACCGACAUGAUCCACGGCGACGGAGCGGGCGACCGCGCGCGUGUGCAGUCUAGCAUUUUGUUUGCUGCGCCGAAUCAGGGAGUUGAGUACGACGCUGACACCAUCAUCGACGCGUUCGAAGGAGACUCGCAGCUGAAGCACUUUACGGCCAGCGAGAUUCUCGGACAGCGUCUGAUGCAGGUGAUCAAGCUUGUCGACAGUAGAUCCGGAAAAGCGAUCAAAGAGCUAAUCGCCGGAGGCGGCGUGUACGCGGGUCCAAAGCUGGAGAGAAUCACUGAUGUGAAGACGGUCGUGAGCGAGGACUUGCUUAUCGACGGCAGACUUUUGCUUCUUCGUCUUGGUAAGGCGAACAUGCGGUUGAUUGCCUUGCAGUAG